UCUGAAACUUGUGACUUCCUCAGAACUUGAGGAAUUGAAAACGCCCACGUUUCACACUCACUGCAGUCUGUGCUACAGACCUGAUGAUCUGAGGAAUAAUCAGCAAACUUACGAGCAAUGGAAGAAAUUUAUGCCAACAUGAAACCUCCCAAAGCUGCCGACCCAAAACUUUUCAGGAAUCAAACAGGUCCAAGGAGUUCUCAGAGGAGUUUUCAUUCAGUUAUUCUCUGUUUGGGGCUGCUGAGUGUUUUCCUGCUGCUUGGACUCAUCGUCCUCGGUGUCCACUACCGUGACUCGGCUGCAGAUUUAUCCUCCAUCAAACAAAACCUGACUGAGCGUCUGCAGGCCAGCAAUGAUCAACUUUCCUUCAUGACAGAAGAGAGAGACCAACUGAAUGCCAGCCUCACUGAAAUGACCAAAGAACGGGACAGACUUCAGACUUUGUCCAAACAGAAGAAAACGUGUCCUGCGGGAUGGAAGAUGUUCAGCUGUUCCUGUUAUCUCCUCUCUCAAGAGUCUGGUUCCUGGAACAAAGGCAGGGAAGACUGCAGAAGCAAAGGAGCAGAUCUGGUGGUGAUAAACAGCGCUGAAGAACAGACGUUUCUCUCUACGUUUGCCAACAAACCAACUUGGAUUGGGUUGAAUGACAUCCAAACAGAAGGGACCUGGAUGUGGGUGGAUGGAACUCCUCUGACUCAGAGCUACUGGAACACAAACCAGCCUGACAAUGGUGGUGGAAGUGAUCGAUGGGGUGAAGAAGACUGUGCAACUAUCAGAACGAUUGAAAACACUCGUUGGAAUGAUCUGUCAUGUACAUCGUCUCUGCAGUGGAUCUGUGAAAAACAACCAUAAUGUUGCAGCAUUAUUUGUUUGAGGAUCAUGUGUAUUUGAAGGUCAGAUAUCUAAAGAAAUAACUGUGAGAACUUCAGGCUUUUAUAUGAAGUAUUUCCAGAACUGCUGUCAUUCACACACAGCCUUAAAAUUAAAACCUAAACAAAUUUGCUGAAAGCGGAUCAUUGAGUAUUUAAACAAAAAAUGUUGUAGCAAAAUGUCAUUAGUACUUGGAUGAACUGUAUUUGUACUGUGACCAUCACAAACCAGUGUGUUAAUCAGAGCACAUAAUAGAUCUGACUGUUAAUGUUUUCUACUAUUUUGUUCUGGUGUGUGAUUCUGUUGUGACCAGCGUCAACACCAAGGUCUAGGACUGACGCUAUUAUAAGUUUAUUAUAAGAUUAUUACAGUAAUAUUUUGAGGUUUGGUUUGAAUAGAAGCUUUGCAUUAAACACAUGUAAAACUUUUAAUCUUUCAGUUGAACCCUGUUGCUGUUCUGUGUUCAUUUUUUUUACCUGUGAGAAGUGAGACAUUCACAGACUGAAGACAUCAGACUGUCUUGCAAGAUGUCCAGAUCUGAUAUUUAACAAAAAAAUCUGAUUUGGUUUUGUAGACUGUAAGUCAGGUUUAAACAAAGUUAAAGUGGUGUAUAAAUAAUGGAUAGACGGAUGAUCUGAGUCACUUGGAGGCAGAAACAUGAGAUUUGGACCAUAUGAGGAUGUACUGUUAAUGUAGCUGAUCAUUUACUCUUGUUUGGAGGUGAUUUUAAGUCAAUAGUCAAUUAAAAUAUUCUUCAAAUAAGCAGCUAUACAGACACCUUGAUCAAAACAGCUGUUAGAGAACUAUGAUGCAAACAGCCACAGAACAAACAAAAAGUUUCUGCGGUUGAUUGUUCUUCUGCAAACUAUAUUCAUCAUCUGUGAAACUAAUUGUGACUUCCGCAGAACUUAAGAAACAGAAAAAGAUCACAUUUCACAUUCACUGCAGUCUGUGCUACAGAACUGAUCAUCUGAGGAACAAUCAGCAUCCUGACCAGCAAUGGAGGAAAUUUAUGCCAAUAUGGAACCUGCCAAACCUGCCGACCCAAUACGUUCUAGGAAUAAAACAAGUAAGAAUGAAGUGACAAAGAGGCUAAAUAGAAUAUACAUUAUUAUCUGUCAUUUACUGCUGUACAGAUAAUUGGUUUAUUUCCUUGUUAAGGUCCAAGGAGUUCUCAGAGGAGUUUUCAUUCAGUUAUUCUCUGUUUGGGGCUGCUGAGUGUUUUCCUGCUGCUUGGACUCAUCGUCCUUGGUGUCCUCUGUGAGUCUGGUUCUCAUGAGUUAACUUUAUCACACUCACCGUCCUAAAUAUGUGCAGAAUAAAACUUUUGGUGCUGCGCUUUG